CAUGCAUAAAUUACGUUUAUAUAUUUUCACAUACAUGAGGUUAAUUUAUGUUUACAUGUAAAUGUUAUCUUUUUGAAUUAUUGUGUUUAUGAUAAGUUACUAUUUUUACAUCUAUACAAUUAACAUUAUCAAAUCGUGUACGGAAGAUUAAAUAAAACUGAUCUAAUAGAUAUAAAAUCUGUGAUUCAUCUUUAUAAAGGGGCUUAAACGCAACAUGAUGAGGACGCACGUUAUUUUGGGACUGUUGUUUGGGAUAUGCCACCAUAUCUUAGCAGAAACAUUUGAUUGUUAUGUCUGCUCGUACACACUUUCCGGAGAUCCAACGUACGACUAUGAGUGUGUGAACCAGCCAUGGAAUGUGACUAAAGGUCUCCCACAUGUCAGCUGUUCCACGCCAAACCAGUGCUCCACCAGGGCAACUCUUAACCCAGACAGGAAAACAAUAAGAUCAGUAUCUAGAUCAUGCCUGACUCCGGAUGCGAUUUGCUCGGGCGAAAGUUGCUGUAACAUGGAUGGAGUUUAUCCUGCAUGCGAGCAUAAAUGCCGUUCAGACAUGUGUAAUAAUCGUAACGCGGAGGCGUGGUUAGCAAAAGACGGCUCCGGUGCGAAGGGAAAUCACUACUCUGUUACAAGCAUAAUUCUUAUUAUUUCAUUGUGUUAUUUUAUUUUUUAGAUAUUUAUUGGUAUCUUGUGAAGAUUAUAUUAAAUUAUAAAUAUAUUAUAUAUAAAGAUGUGAGAGUUAUGUUCCAAAUAACAUAGUUUCAUAUAUUUCUAAAUAUAAAAACAAAGAACUGUUUUAAACUUACAAAAUUCCUUUAAUAAAAAUCACAAACCAAAAACUAUUUUAACUUAUAGCUUUACUAUAAUAUGCUAAAUUGAAAAUAUUCAAAAGAGAAAUGUCGAAUGAAAGUCGAAAAUAAGUUGUGUACAUGUAUUUGUUUGUUAAUAUGAAUGUUCAUAUGCAAUCAUCUUAAUGUGCAAUGAAUAAAAUAAUUUUUCCUAA